AUGAAUCUACAAAUGAUAAUAAUUAACAAAAUUUAUCAACAUAAAGAUACUGAGGCAUCAGCUCCAAAAAUUACUGCAAAAUAUAAUCAAAAGAAGUCUCAAGAAUUAGCUGUAGCUGCUGCUAAUGAGACGGACAAAUUUCCCGCCAUAAUGUACGGUUUAAGGGAUAAUGAAACUCAAUUUUUGCAACUAGCUGCUCACUUUAUAUAG